AUGGCUCCAAAAAUUUCAAUAUCCUUAAACCCACCGUACAACGGGGAGUUUUAUAGCUCUAAUGAUCAAAUGUCAGGGAUAGUUAGUCUUCAGUUAACAAAAGCGCUAUCUAUAAGGAAAAUUUCCGUCAUUCUAAAAGGAUUCUCAGAGACCUUAACAAAAAUUGAUCAAGAGUACAUGUUUCAACAGAAUGGCAUGAUGAUGCCGGGCCAAGACAACAAAUCCUUUCAUACAUUAAUGAAAUUCGAACAGAGAGUUUUCCCUCCAGAUAAUGUAUGGAAUGCUCUUGAUGGCUCCUCCAAGCCGUUCAAAGUUAAACCAGGUUCAUAUAAUUAUAGCUUUCAAUUUGACAAGUUUCCCAGAAAGCCUGAAUGUCUGAAAAAUCAUACGGCAAAGACAGUAGCGUUUGUGACAAGAAGUAAUGCCCGACUCCCACCUACGUUCAAUAGUCAUUGGCAAGAAUUUAAUAAAAUCGAUAAUCUGGAUUUGUAUUUUUACUCUUUUGGAAAAGUUAUAUAUAUGGUGCAAGUUCAAUUAGAGCUAGGGAAAUCUUCAUCUUGGUUUAAGCCAUUCCAUAAACUGAUAAGGGAAAUCGAGACGUUCGAAUUUAUACCUGAGCCAAAAGAUCUUAUUAUAGAACCUGAUGAAGAUGACAAUGAAGAACUUAAUGCCUUCAGUAACAAUAGUAGAGGAAAUAGUAUGGUCACCAACAAUGAAUUUUUCAAUAGUUCAAAUUUAAAGGUGCCAUCAAAGGACGUCAAAGUCGUUAAUGGAGUCGGAUAUAUAAAAAGUGACAGGAACUUUUCUCAAGCUAAUUCUAUAUUGAUAGAAAACGGCGACAUUAGAUCGAGACCGGUAUCAUCAGUCACAUCAACAAGACAAUCUACUCGCCUAGUAAAUGGUAUGAAAGUUUUCCCAUCUACUUAUAAAAUGGGGUUGCCUGAUGGGGAAAGCAAUAUGAGAAUAGAGGUUAGAAGUCGAGAUUUGAAGCAAAUAUACAGGAAAGACUACUUGUUUAGGUCUGGCAGCCAAAAUUUUGACAAGGUCUAUGUAGUCAUGGAGGGGAAUAUAGCAAGUUUGAGCAAAAUGCAAAUUACCCCACUUAAACUACAACUGAACUUGCUAGAGACUACAACAUAUUUAUCUCAGGGAAUAGCGAACGGCAAUUACUCUUCUUUGAAGCUAAUCGAGAUUGAUUUGAAUCAGCUCAAAUCCAAUAAACCUCUUUUGGACUUAAACGAAAUACGAGAAAAUUUUGAUGGUUCUAUGUUUGAAUGUGAAUUACGGUUAAAGGAUCACCCCAUUUUAAGAAAGUUGGUAUUUAAUGAAGAAGACUAUAGACAUCGCGGCAAUAGGUUGUAUAGUUUCAAGACAUGCACGAUAAAAAGAACAUUCAGUUUACAGCUACUGAUAGAAUGGGGAAUCAAUGGAAUUAGGAAGCAAUCUGAAGUAAACAUUGAUCCUGUUCAGAUCUUUUGUCAAGUUAGAGAGCACGUUGAAGCUGAAGCUCUGCCCAGAUAUGUACCGCCACCGACAUAUACUGAAAUGGCGAGUUAA